AUGAAACUAUUCACUAGUUUAAUAUGCUCCUUUGUCCUUUUUUUUUAUAAAUUGUCGAUAUGCGAAAAAUUAGAUUCUUUAAACAACUUUUAUUUCAAUGAUGUUAAGAGGAUAAAAAAUGAUAUGCCUAGCAAAUCUAAUGCGUUGUAUCCCCUUAUACAUGAUCUUGAGGAAGAUAAUCAAACUUAUUCAAAUGAUGAAAAUAUUUAUGACGAGAAUUCCUUCCCUAACCCUUUUACGCACCCCGAAGAAUGUGUAUUGUCAUUAGGGAUAAGUCAUACAUGGUUGUGUGACCCUUCUGCUUUUCUAAGUAUAGAACAACAAUUAGAUAUCGAAGCAGAACUGCUUAAAAUAAGAGAUACCAACUUUCAUAAAUGUUCAAAUAAUUCGGUUUAUUAUUAUCAAGUAUCCGUUGCUAUAGUCCCAGAAAUAUUUGUUUCAAAAAAUAAUACUUAUGAGAAUGCUGCUCAAGAAUUUUCUGAAAAUUUAUUAAGAAAAUGGGGAAUAGGACACAGCCCAUGUCAUGAUGGUAUCUUAUUAGUUUAUAUAAAAAACCUAGGGAAAUUUGUUAUAGCAAAAAGGGAAGGUGUAGAAGAAAAAUAUAUAAAUGAAAAUGAAAUUAAAAAACAUUUUAUGAAUAUUUAUUUUGCCUCUGGAUCAAUAAGUAGAGCAUUAAUCGAAUCAUUAAGUUUUAUUAAUAAAAAACUGCCCUCCAAACGAACAGAAUUAACUAACACGGCAAAAAUGUUUUUAAUACUAAUACUUUUUUAUAUAGUAUCAAUAAUUAUUUUAUAUGUAACUACUUUAAUGUAUAGUAAAAGUUUAUAA